UCGAGGCGUCUAAUCUUUAACCGACAAGGAUUAACAUAAAUCGCUUCUCUGAAUCGCGAGAGAAUUACUCAAAAUUAAAAUAUUGUAGAGUAACAUGUUGCAUAGUGAUAUAUCGUUUUUUACAAAGUGUUUUAUAUUGUGCAUAUAAGAAUUUUUAAUUAAGGAUCGAAAAGAACAUUUUUUGAAGAAUUUAUUGAGUUUCUUUGAGAUGGGUCGGAGAAAAAGAAAUUCAAAAAAAUUCUCGGGCGUUAAUCAAAAAAUUUGCGAGAGUAAAAUAUUAGAAAAAUUGAAUUCCGACGAAGAAGAGGAGACGAAAAAAAAAGAGGAAGAUUUUUCUACCCUCGAAAAUGCGAUCGAUGUUUAUCAGCGUUUAAAAUUACCACUAGUACAUUCGAUGCAGCACCAAUCAGAUGACAGUGACGAAGAGGAGGACACCGUUGUGCUAAACUUUUGGCCACGUUUUGUCUUCGUGUCGAACUUGUGUUUGAUCUGCAUGGAACGAUCGGAGGAGAUCUGCGAAUCUUGCGGCAUGGUUUCUUACUGCACCGUUAAACACAAGAAGCAAGGAUGGUUGAAGCAUCGCGAGCUAUGUGAAGUUCUCACCGAGGUCUGCACAAACGGAGGAGGCUUGUCAUUUCUACCGAAUCUCACCGCCGACGAUUAUCGUGUUUAUCGGCUAAAAUUAAUCGAGAUUGUAGAGUGCCGCUUGAAAAGACUUCUCGAGCCCUGGGAGAAAGAGAUCCUUCUUUACCCUCGCGUUUGUUGCAGCUGUCGUUAUUUUUCAAAGGCUUUAAAAUACUGUCCGACAUGCGAAAUCGAAUUAUUCUGCAAGGAUCACGAUGAUAAACAUAAAGAAUGGUGUCAAGAUUUUCAGGUAUUUCGAAGAGUGUUAUUUAUGCAGCAUAGAAAUGGUCACGUGGAUCCCGAGAUUCCAGAUACUUUUCAAAAUAGUCCACUUCAUCUACCGAAUAAUUUUGAUUUGUUAAUGGCACAACUUUAUAAUCGUUCGACAUAUUAUUGCAGCAUGGAUUGUUAUACCUAUUGCAGUCUCUCUCAUAUAUCGACUAUUCCAUUGACAACUUUAUAUUCCAUGCAAAUUUCUUGUCAGGAUUGGAAAAAUAUCGAUACUUUUGUAGUCCACGUAAUAGGGGCUGAGUUUCAAUUUGAGUGCAUAAAUUUGCACGUGUGGGAAAAAUUUUUUUUACAUUUUCUUCCGAAUUUAAAGCAUCUCAAAUUAAUAUUUAUUGGCCCGGAAUUGAGACUGCCGGCAGUACCAUUAAAUCUUUUAACUGCUGUAAAGAUCUGUUCGGCUUGCAAAUCAUUUGGUCGAUGUGUGAAUGUUUCAUUUCAUCCUGGAAAAUUUUAUCACAAUUUCUGUCGUUCCAAACAGUUUAUAAAACCUCAUCUCGUGUGUCUCUUUAAUCCGGGUCUUUAUCGAGAAACUGGCUUUGAAGGCAGAGAUACGUGGCCAGAGACGAUAAGAGAAUUCUGCAAAACGCAGGUUCCCGUUUGCGUGACAUCUUACACAAAGCACGAAAUUCCUCGAGAAAUGAUCAGAAUAAAAUCGAUUAUUGAUGUGGAAACAAUACUGGAGCCAGAAAAAAAUCCAUUUGCCUCGAUCAAACCCGAUAGAAACUUCGUUAGCGAUGAUGCGGUGCCACUUAUUUAUAAAAAUUAUUAUCUCGCUAUUAUUAGGGGAAAAUCAUAAAGAU